AUGUUAUAAAAACUCAUAAGAUAUUAUUAAUCCUACUAUCAUGGGGUUUCCAGUGUUCCGUUAACUUAUAAGACAAUUGGGUAACAACUACAAGAUAUCAGUGAGAAAUACCCUGAUAACAAGGCUAUCAUUUCUUAAUUACAAGGAAUAGAUAUGAAAUACUCUGAAUUAUAUACAAGGAGCAAAGAACUUGCAGCUGCAUUCAUAGCUUUAGGAUUAGAAAAAGGAGAUAGAAUUGGGAUUUGGUCACCUAACAAUGUGGAGUGGGCAUUGACGUAAUUCGCUGCUGCUAUGGCCGAUCUAAUUUUAGUCAAUAUUAAUCCAGCAUACCAAACUUCGGAAUUAGAAUAUACACUUAAUAAAGUUGGUUGUAAAGCUUUAAUCAUGAAGUCCUCAUUCAAGCACUCGAACUAUGUUGCUAUGCUAAAGGAAUUGGCACCAGAAUUGGAUAUUCCUGGACAUCUUUCAUCAAAGAGACUACCCUAUUUAAAAUCUGCUAUAAUUAUAGAUAACAUUCACAAACAUGGUUUUUAUAACUUCAAAGAUAUAUUUUCUCUAAGCAAUGCAGAUCACCUUCAUUAAGUCGAUAUUAGAAUGGAAAAAUAAGAUCCAGAUGAUAUAACAAAUAUUUAAUUUACAUCUGGAACAACAGGUUUACCAAAGGGAGCAUCCUUAAGUCACAUCAACAUUCUAAACAAUGGUAAAUAUGUUGGAGGAAGAAUAAACUACACUGAAAAAGACGUUGUGGCUAUCGCAGUUCCUUUAUACCACUGUUUUGGAAUGGUACUUGGAAAUUUAGCCUGUAUAAAUUAUGGUUCGACCAUGGUCUACCCUAGUGAUGGGUUUAGUGCCGCUGCGACUUUGGAAGCUGUAACUAAUUAUAAAUGCACAUCAAUUUAUGGAGUUCCUACAAUGUUUAUCGAAUAUAUAAACGAGUAUGAGAAGCAUAAUCACAAAUACGAUGUAUCAACUUUGAGAACUGGAUUAAUUGCUGGAUCUUUGGCUUCUGAGGCACUCAUGAAAUAAAUUAUUAAUGUCUUAGGAGUUAAGGACAUUUCAAACUGUUAUGGCUAAACAGAAUGCAGUCCUAUCACAUGCUAAAAUAAACCAACAGAUUCAUUUGAAAUAAAGACAACCAAAGUAGGAUGUCCACUAAAUGCAGAGGUGAAAAUAGUUGAUUCAAAUGGAAAUGUAGUACCAUAUGAUACACCAGGAGAGUAUUGUGCUAGGGGUUAUAGUGUUAUGAAAAAAUAUUGGGAAGAUGAAAAGGCAACAAGAGAGACUAUCGAUAAAAAUGGAUUCUUGCAUAGUGGUGACAUUGCUACAAUGGACAAAGAUGGAUACAUAGCUAUUGUAGGAAGGAACAAAGAUAUGAUAAUUAGGGGUGGAGAAAACAUUUAUCCAAAAGAAAUAGAAGAAUAUUUGUCUCAUAUGAAUGGUGUAGAAUAAGUUUAAGUAAUUGGAUGUAAUGAUGAAAAAUAUGGUGAAGAGGUUGUUGCACUAAUAAAAAUGAAGAAAGAUGCAGAAGAAAUAUCAGGACUGGAUGUCUAUCAAUAUUGCCAUAAGAAAAUAGCUUAUUACAAGAUCCCGAAAUUCGUUAAGUUUGUCAAUGAGUUCCCUUAAACAAUCACAGGAAAACCUUAAAAAUUUAAGAUGAGAUAGGAAAUAAAUAAGGAAUUAGAAGACCCUAAAUAUGUAGAACUCUAUUAGAUCAGAUGA